AAUUAAAAAAUAGUGAAUGGAAAGCCCAAUGGUGCGACAAACUGGAUUCAAUGGAGGAUCAUGAGAAGAUUGAUGGGAAGAUGAAGAAGAAGAAGAGUGUGGCUUCGAUUCCUGCUAACUACGUCUCCAUUCUUCAGCUUCAAGAACGUUGGCUGAAGGAGAAAGAGCAGAAACAAAAGGAAAAAGACUUUGUAGAGAGAGGAGUGAAGCAGCAGGUUGAUCAUGGACAACGAAGGAGAGCAGAAGAAGAAGAUGCAGUGAAGGCCAUGGAAACAAUAGUGAAACUCGGGGAAAAGGGUAUGCAAUGUGGUGUGAAUCGUUGUAAAAAUGAACCAAAAGGCGUUAAGAAAGAGGAAAUUGAGGUCUCUGCAAUAGUGAGCAGCAAGGACGACGUUGGAGGAGAUUCGAGGGAGAAAAAGAAGAAGACUCCGGUGAAAGAGAACACUAGGAGAGCUUUCAAGCCCAAGGGAGAGAAUGCUGCUAAGGAAGAAACUCAAUUUUUUCAGAAUCGCUGGAUCAAGAAGAAAGUAGAAGAGGAAGGAGAGACAAGUGAGGUCAAGGAACCUGCGAGAUUGAAUAGCAAGCAAGGUUAUUACCAAAACCAGAGACAUGAUUGGUCGUCUACACGUGUUAUUAGGGCAACAACAAGUACUAUGGUGUGGGUGAAGAAGGGUACGAACGACGGAGCUGCCGGUGAAAAUGGCGUCUGAAUUGUCGCUUAAAGGUUGCAACUUUGGAUCAUUUGUUUUCUAGGGUCUUAGAGUGAUAUAAUCGAAGCUGAAUGAUAAUGUGUGAUUUUAUCAUGGUCUUCAAGUGUUGUAGGAUUAUUACAACUUUCCCCAUAAGCAUUUGGUUGUUGAUGUCUAAGGGAUGCAAGGUAUUAGUUGUGUAUGUAAGUAAAUGUAUAUAAUCUUG